CCAUGCCACAACCUCAUUUCCUCCUUGUAACCUACCCUGCCCAAGGCCACAUAAACCCUACCCUCCAAUUUGCCAAGUGUCUUGUCCGUAUUGGUGCACGCGUCACCUUCACCACCAGUGUCUCCGCCCGCCGCCGCAUGACCAAAGUCCCUUCGGCUCAAGGCCUAUCAUUCUUCACCUUUUCGGAUGGCUAUGACGAUGGGUUAAAGCCCGGGGAUGACAAAGACCACUACAUGUCUGAGUUCAGGCGUCGAGGCAAAGAAAAUCUCAAUGACCUUGUAGUAAGCAGUGACAACGAAGGCAAACCGGUCACUUGCAUUGUUUACUCUUUGCUCCUACCCUGGGCUAUGGAGGUGGCGCGAGAGCAUCACAUCCCAUCAGCUAUGCUUUGGAUUCAACCUGCCACAGUUCUCGACAUCUACUAUUAUUACUUCAAUGGAUACGAGGAAACUAUUAAGGGCCAAGCUGGUGAGUCCAAGUGUCCAAUAGAGUUACCAGCGCUGCCACCGCUUGCAAGCCGUGACCUUCCCUCCUUCGUAGCCGCUUCAAACGCUUACCCUUCAGCUUUGUCAUUAUUUCAACAGCAAUUUGAAGUACUUGCAGAAGAAACGAACGCUAGAGUCCUUGUUAACACCUUUGAUGCUUUGGAACCCGAGGCAUUAAAGGCUAUUGAAAAUUAUAAGAUGUUCGCGGUCGGACCCUUGAUCCCGUCUACUUUUCUAGGUGGAAAAGACCCGUCGGAUGGUUCCUUCAAGGGUGAUCUUUUUCAAUGUUCAAAAGAUUACCUCCAAUGGCUAGACUCAAAACCAAAAUCAACUGUUAUUUAUGUGUCAUUCGGAACAAUUGCUGUGUUAGCAAAGCAGCAAGUGGAGGAAAUCGCUCGCGCUUUAUUAGCCAGUGGGCGACCGUUCUUGUGGGUUAUAAGAAAUCAGAAACAAAAUGGAGAGCAAGAAAAAGAAGAAGAUAAAUUGAGUUGCAGAGAAGAGCUUGAGCAGUUUGGAAUGAUAGUUCCAUGGUGUUCGCAAGUGGAAGUUUUGUCUCAUCCGUCGUUAGGGUGCUUCGUGACGCAUUGCGGUUGGAACUCGACCCUGGAGAGCUUGGUUGCCGGGGUGCCGGUGGUGGCUUUCCCUCAAUGGACCGAUCAAGGAACGAACGCGAAGCUCAUCCAAGAUGUGUGGGAGACGGGGGUGAGAGUGACGGCGAACGAGGAAGGGAUAGUGGAACGAGGUGAGAUUAAUAGAUGCUUGGAUUUGGUCAUGGGAGACGGAGAGAGAGCGAAUGAAUUAAGAAGGAAUGCUGAAAAAUGGAAAGAUUUGGCAAGGGAA